AUGGAGUCUCGCCAUGACAUUUCCAAUGGUUCUAUUGAGUUCACACCUGCAACAUUCACUCUUGCUGGCAUCCCAGGGCUGAAAACAAAGUAUAUAUGGAUAUCUAUUCCCUUCUGCCUGAUAUACAUUAUCAUCUUCAUAGGAAAUGGCACCAUUCUUCAUAUCAUUCGAAUUGAAUCUGCUUUGCACCAGCCUAUGUACUUCUUUCUGGCCAUGCUGGCCUUUGUCGAACUUGGUGUUUCUGCUUCCACCAUGCCUACUGUGUUAGGCAUUUUUAUCUUUGGCAUUUAUAAUAUCAGUUUUGGUGGUUGUCUUCCAGAUGUUUUCCAUGCAUUCUUUUACCCUCAUGGAGUCAGGUGUCCUUCUGGCUAUGUCUAUAGACCGCUUCGUGGCUAUUUACAGCCCACUGCGCUAUACAACCAUCCUGACAAUUCCCCGCAUCACUGGGAUGGGCACCACCAUUGCCUUGAGAAGCAUGAUACUUAUGUUCCCACUGCUCUUUCUCCUGAAGGAUCUGCCUUUCUGUGGCCAUAACACCCUCACACAUUCUUAUGCCUCCACUCUGAUCUGAUCAAAUUGCCCUGUGCAGACACGCGCCUCAACAGCAUCCUUGGUCUGUUUGUCAUUACCUCCACAUUUGGGAUGGACUCAUUGCUCAUCAUGAUAUCUUACAUGCUGAUUCUUCACACAGUACUGGGAAUAGCUUCUGGGGCAGGGCGUUGGAGAGCAUUCAACACAUGUGUGUCACACAUCUGUGCUGUGCUUGUGUACUAUGUUCCCAUGAUCAGCCUCUCUUUGUUGCAUCGCUUUGGGCGGCAUUUACCUCCACUCCUCCAGACUGUCAUGGCCAAUGCAUACCUCUUUUUCCCACCUCUGGUCAACCCCAUUGUCUACAGCAUGAAAACUAAGGAAAUUCGCAAUAGUAUAUUACGUACACUGUCUAGAAAGAAGGGUGAGAUCUAA